UCAUGUAACUUCCGGAUGUUAAGCAGUAGCGGUUCCGUAAAGGUUAAAGCCAACAUGAGCGCUCUGUUCCAGAACCUGGGCUGCUGGCUGGUUCAGAGUAAAGCCCUCCAGAACCGAACCGUCAGACUCGCUCACAGUUUAAGUGGAAGGGAAGCCGGGCGGAAACACGCGCUGUCUGCGCGGACUGAGCUCUGCUACCUGGUGAUCGCCAGCCGGUGGCACAGCUGCAGAGGAACACAAUGGCUGAAGCUUCACAGCUCCAGAUCGGUUUCCUCUCUGCCCUCAUCAGGCGACAAGUCCAAGAAGUCAGGGCCUGUGACAUGGAAAUCUUUAGCGGUCACGUUUGCUAUCGGAGGAGCUCUGCUGGGAGGGAUGAAAUAUUUCAAGAAGGAAAAAGAGGAGUUGAUUGAGAAGGAGAGGAACAAGUCGCUGGGCCGGCCGGCGCUGGGCGGCCCGUUCUCCCUCAUCGAUCACAACAACAAACCGUCCAGGAGCGAGGACUUCCUGGGCCGGUGGAUCCUGAUUUACUUUGGCUUCACGCACUGCCCAGACAUCUGCCCCGACGAGAUCGAGAAGAUGAUCGAGGUGGUGGAUGAGAUAGACAGAAUCAAGAGUCUUCCCAACCUGACGCCCCUCCUGAUCACCAUCGAUCCGGACAGAGACACUGCAGAGGCCAUGGCUGCGUAUGUGAAAGAGUUUUCCCCGAAGCUGAUUGGGCUGACGGGGUCGGCGGCUCAGGUGGAGCAGGUGUCCAGAGCGUACCGCGUCUACUACAGCCAGGGGCCGAAGGACGAAGACAACGACUACAUUGUGGAUCACACCAUCAUCAUGUACCUGGUGGGACCUGACGGAGAGUUCGUCGAUUACUUUGGGCAGAACAAGCGCAGCGCGGAGAUCAGCAGCGCCAUCGCAGCUCACAUGAGGAAGUACCAAAACCAGAAGCGAUGAGGGGGCGGGGCUUAAAGCCCGGCAUGAACUGACUGACCUCAGGCGUCUCACUGCUGCUGUCUUAUAUUAUUACUUUGUGUCUUUUUGUAUUUAUAUCAGGAUUUCUUCUCAGCCAAUUAAAUGAUGUCAUUCAGUUCAGGUUUCCUGAGGGGGGGGUGAAUUCAAGACACUAGCAGUACUUCCUGUUUACAUCCAGAGGUUUUGGCUCCACCUACAGGUUGGGAAACAGACGUUUUUUCUUCUCUGAGGACGUUGUUGACUCCAGUCCUUAGGGUCGCCGUCCUGCAGUUUUUAGAUGUGCCUCAGGUACAAAACACAGGAAUGAAAUGGUUUAAUUACCUCCUCCUGGUUCUCCAGAGCCUUAAUCACCUAAUUAUUGUAUUCAGGUUGAUGCAGCAAAGGCUCAGAUAAAAGUUGCAGGACACCGACCCUGCAGGACUGGAUGUCGACACCCCUGCUCUAGUGGACGGACAGAGAGUCGAACCUGCGACGGUGCGACGCCGACUAAGGGUUGUGCUAAACCGCCACAGCGCGGCCCACGGAAACAUCAAAGGUUUCUUCAGUUUUGAGAAUCUGUUAAGUUUUUUUAUUUGCAGGAAGUGCUUUAAAGCUUAUUUAUGUCAAAUCUUGAGUCUUUUUCAGUGAUUCAAAUGCUUAAUAAAAUUAAAAAUGAUAGUUUAGUUCAUGUGAGUUUUAAAAUUCGGCCUAUCCAACGUUUCCAUCAGUCUGACAGGACGGACCGUGGCAACCUGUGACCCGGCCUUGUUGCUCUCAACAACAAAGUUCAUGUAUUUUGAAUUUUCAGACAGAAGAUGCUUUCAAAAUAUCUACAGAAACAUUCAUGUUAUCAGUUUUUAUUGCCUUUUUAACCUGUUUUUUUUUUAAUUAUUGCUUCAUUUUCAGUUCCAAAUUUCAUGUACAAUAAACUUACCCAAAAAUC